AUGCUCUCCGAUUCGGAGGCGGACUACGACGCAUUCGACAACGACUCGGAGAGGGUGGGCACGAAGCUGUUCUCGCCCAACUUCCGCUUCCUACGGUGGUACGCGACCUUCAUGCUUGUCGCGCUGCUCACCUUCGUGUUCUACAUGCCCAUCAGAAUCGCCUUCUUCCCCUCGGAACGUGGGGCUUGGUUCGGGAUUGACCUCGCUUGGCACGUCUUGUUCGCCAUCGACGUGCUAGUCCACCUCAACACCGGCUUCGUCGACGGCACCACCGGCAAGGUGGUCUACUCCAGAAUGGCCAUCGGCCAGCGCUACGCCAAGGGCGCGCUGAUCGUGGACCUGCUCGCGGCGCUCCCUUUCACGUUCGUCCCCGGCCUAGGACCGGGCAGCGCAGACGGCAACCACGAGAUAGCCUACCUGCUGAGCCUGCCCAAGAUGUUCCAGGUGUACUGGCUCAUGACCAUGGUGUACGAGAACCAUCGCCUCCACGAGGGGAUGUUUCUGGCCGUCCGGACUCUCCUGUGCGUGGUCAUGACGGCCCACCUGUUCGGGUGCGGGUGGUACAUGCUGGCGACGUUGCUGAGAACGGAGUGCGAUGACCUGUACUUCGAUGGACUUGCGGAAGAGGACCUCAUCUUCGACUACGAUGUCGGUGAAUACAUCGCCAGCGAGUGCCCGUGGAUCUACAGGAACGACUACGUAGCGCUCUCGGUGGGAAGGAGGUACCUCGGAAGCGUGUACUGGGCCCUGACUACCCUUACCACCGUCGGUUACGGGGAUAUCUCUGCCAGGACCCCGGCUGAGCAGAUCUACUCCAUGGCGGUCCAAAUCGUGGGUGUUUCGUGGUACGGGUACGUCGUCGGGACUUGGGGCUUCAUUCUCAACAGCUUCGACCGCAAGGACAAGGAACAGAGGAGCAAAAUGCGGGAGGUGGUGGCGUUCUCCAAGGCUGCCGGCCUGCCCCCGGACAUGGCGAAGAAGGUUCGACAGCACUUCCGGUUUGCCCUGUAUAGGCAGGACAACUGGAUCACCUUCAACGAGCAGGAGCUGGUGUCCGACAUGCCGGCGGGCCUUAGGGCGGACGUAAUCACGUACGUCCACGCGAACUUGAUCGCCCAGAUCCCGUGGCUGGAGGGCAAGGACAAGAACUUCGUGGCGGACGUGGUGGUCAUGCUAAAGCCGCGCCUCUUCAUGGCGGGAGACGUGCUGUACAGCAGGGGGUCUCAGCCGGACGAAAUGUUCUUCAUCGCCAGUGGACUCGUGAUGCUCAAGUACAAGCAGGAGCGCGUGGGGUUCCUGAGACACGGCCAGAUGGCGGGCUUGAUCGGGCUCGUCAGCUCCGAGAGGCACAGGAUUACGGCCGUGGUUGCCCAGAAGGACGCACAUUGCCAUGGGCUCUCUCGAGCGAACUUCGUGAUGCUGAUGGAAAACUACCCCAAGGAGAUGGAAGAACUUCACGAGGCUGCCAAGAGCCUAACUCAAAGGAUCGCCUUGUCGUGCGCGGAUGCGAAGGAGGACUUCUUGUCCAACGACGUCUUGUCCGCGUUCGUCUCCAAGUCGAAGCCGCUCACGGGCGCAAGACCCGUGGGUGAUCGCUGGACCGAGCUGCAGCACGAGAGCACGGGCCGCGGGCCCGAAAGCACCGUCAGGGAGCCUUUGCCUGACGGAUUCUUGCAGCAGAAGCGUCAACAACAGCAGCACUUGCUGCAGCCCCAGCAACAGCCACACUCAGCAGCGGUUCGCAAGGCGUCAAUCGAGUCGGACGACCAAUCGACUUCUGCCGCUACCUUCCCCUUCUCCACGCCGAAGAGCCAAUCUGCGGGGUCCCUCAUGGCGAACCCCGGCGGAGGAGGAGGCGGCGAUGUUGGUGUCGGCGUUGACACUGCCGCGAUUGAGGACGCGGUAAGCCGCGAGGUGUUGAGGCGAAUGUUGGGCAUCGAGACCAGGGUCGGGGCUGUCAUGGGGCGGCUCGAAUCUUUCCUAGAUGAUGCUGCUGCUGCUGAUGCUGAUUCUUCGGCUAAUGAGUGAGGCGGCGACGGCCUACUUGGAGCAGCAGCAGUGGGUGGCCCUGCCAUGGCACACGCCUGGAGAGCUUUGUGCGGCCGACCCGUCGUGCGGAUUGGCUGGUCGGACCGGCGGUAGCUUGGUUUCGGUGGUGGGAUAGCCGGCGGAGAUUUUUUCGUGGCAAUCGGGCAUUGACGCUGAUGCAAACUGCCUUUGCACCGAAGUUACAUCCUGUUAGCGGCAGUUACGGGCGUCGAAGAAGCUGCUUCAACGGCGGUGCUCAUGCGGGCGCCCUGCUUUAUUCUCAUCGCGACUACUGGUGCCGCUCUACUUCAGCGGGAGAAGUAGGCGGCGGGGGUGGCCACGGCGGACCCGGUUGUGUAAACCCACGUGAAGAGUCGUUUGCCCUACCGUGUAAGAAGCGGACGGAGUGUUGACACGAAGAGGAAGACCAACUCCCCCUGUGUAGGGGUUCAGGGCAUUUGGUUUCCUUUUUUUCUGCAUUUCCUACCAACAACGAACGUGAUUUUCGGAUGAAAAUACGCGCUUUAAGGUUUGCUUCCUUGGCUUUAUUAUUAAAAGAGACCUGCACUUUUGUGAUGUUUUUCAUGUUUUGCUCCGUGCUUGGUUCGCCAACAUAAUUGCAUGCUUCUGUACAUUGUCACGCUUGUGUACUUGCUUGCACUCUUGUGCCUUCGCUCGAGCUGGACUUGACUCCUUUUCGUCUCUGGCUUGCCUGUUUUAUCGUUUUGUUGGGCCAUGAAGCAUACUGCACCGCCACCUGCCUAUUCGAGGGAAAGAGGUCGACAGGCUUUGGAGUGAAACGGUGAUUGGUGGUGUAACGGUAGCAGUCAUGGUUUACGCUGGGUUCGUCGAGAGGGUCCUCAGGGAUGGGAUUGUUCCCCACGUGGUGGGUGUGUUGUAAACUCUUUUUUUUUAAGAAUUUUGGCAUGCUUUUAGUAUCCCGGUUCGCUGUUUGUCACGGCUGGCUGGAUUGUUCCCAUCCCUCGUGACGUCUUGUCUCUCGCGCACCCAUUUUUGCGUUGCUGCUGUGCUUUUGCCGUGUGUUCGAUGUGUGGAAGGGUGUAACCCUCCGUGUGAAACUUGCCUGUAUGGUGCCUCUCUUCACUCAUCGUGGCCCAAAGUUUGUAGCACGCUUUGUGAGCCAUUUUUUCCCAGCAAGAGAGCAUUGACGCGCUGUUUGUUGUCGUUCCACUCCUCAGGCAAAGGGAGGCUGCCAGCGACAAUAGAGAACCCCGCUCACGCGUCUUGCCGUAUUUCCUCUUGCGUUUUCUGAGUGUUUGUUGGCAUCCUUCUGUGUUUUGAUGAUGCCGUACGUGUUUUGUGUUGCUUGUUUUAGUUAUCGUGGAAAAUCACAUUUGGCAGUAGGUGGUUUCUCGCGCGAGCAUAUGCGUGCCGCGACCUGCGUCUUUAUCCCGGCAGCAUCACGUUGCCGCCAGAAAGCACGGGGGCUACAUGUACGUGGGAGGUGUGGUUGUGAUUUGGGGACCGGGGGGGGGGGGGNGGGGGGGGGGGGGGGGGGGGGGGGGGGGGGGGGGGGGGGGGGGGGGGGGGGGGGGGGGGGGGGGGGGGGGGGGGGGGGGGGGGGGGGGGGGGGAUGUGUGCGUUUAUAACUUGCGCUGGAAUGAGGUUUGGGACUAUCAAUCUUCAUUACUUUGGGAAGGCAGAGGACAUGCUUCCAGACUCACUCAAAACGUCCCCAUAUAUUUUGCUAUUGAAAUAGCAGGGCAUGCCUCUAGAGGCUUGUGUCCGCCGACGCCGUGGGGAGGAGCCGGAAGAACGAAUUCUCGUUUACUCUGCUUUUGUGCUGUGGACUAGUGAGGCAUGUAGUAUAGGAAGUUUUGCGUUUUGAACGGAAACGUUCGAGAUCGCCGUGAACCCUUCUUUGGUUGGUUAUUUUUCGGGAAAAGGGUUCGUCACUGAAUGCUGCUGCAGUUGCGUCAUAUGCUUUGGCAGCUAUAGGGGGUGGGGUUUGUGUUGUUCGGCAAUUAUUCAUGUUUCACCCGUCUGUCUUUUAUCCACUGGCGGGUGGAACUUGAAUCGUCUUCGAAUUUCCUCUGCGGGGUACGGGGGGGGGGGCGUGUGACGGGACCGUGUUGAAUUUUCUGAUUACCCUUUUUUUCUAGUCGGUGGUUCGGCUAAAUAGGUCUCUAGCCUGUCUUUAGCCCGAAGCAAUUGUUCGAUUGAUGCUUUGGAGGGUUGGUUAGUCAAGCUCUCGCCCUGUAGGGUGGAAAGCUUGUGUGGUGAUAUUUUGCGCCCUUCCUCGCCUACUUGGAGCGGCGACAUUUGCCGAAGCCCUCCCCUCCUGUUGUCUAUAACAUGUUCAUUUGAUUUAGGGGGGAAGGAGUACGGUGUUAACGUCUGUUGUGGGAACGCGGCCCUCGUGCAACGUAGAGAAAAACGGAUAUGUCGUUCUGUACGGGGGUAACAUAAUAGAGUCACGAAUGCUCGAGGAAUGGCCAUCACGCGUUUCGUAAGGCAUUUUUUUCUCCAGUUACAGGGUGGCUGUCGAAGCGCGGGGAGCUUGAGUGGGGAAGGGGGUGUUGUCCUCUGCCCGUCGCUUUCAACCCCCAUUUUCCCUCCCUCUCGACUUGCACGAUUUUGUUUCGUGAAUUUCAUCGACGUCACGAUGACACGAUGACAAAUGUUGUUUCGCUUCCCGCGCGGAAUUUUGGUUGAGGCAAGCAAGCGGACGACGGGGAGGGAUUCGCCCUCUCUGUAUCUUUGCUUUCUUGUCCGAGGUCAUGCAAAGGGUGUAUAUACGUAAAACAGAGGGGCAAACAUGACUUAUAGAACUGCAUUUCUGCAUGUUUGCAUUCAUCGCGGAAUCACAAAGAAUUAGGUCGUGCACGUUUAAAGGAUUAGCAGUACGUAAGAGACAGCAGUAGUAGCAGAAGGUAACAUGUCCAGCCUCGCGCCACCUGCCUGCAGGAGGAACGUAGGACAUGUCCCAGGUAGUGUGGGAGGUGGUACGCGUCUUCCCUUUAGUUAAGGUUUUAGCGCGUUCGGUUGGUGACUCGCGUUUCACCCUGUCUUAUGAUUGGCCCCGUCUUACCCUCAUGGGGUGUAAGGUAGGUUGCUUAAUACGUGUUUCCCUCUGCAGAGAACUAAUCUCGGAAUGAUUUUACGAUCAAUAAUGACAACAGCAAUGAGAGACGGGAGCUUGGCGCCUCGCCAGUAGCCUCAAGGGACGGCGCGGAUUUUCGAUCCAAUAUUCCUGCUUCCAGAGCGAAGUCGGCAUGUGCCUCGUCCUUUCCUCGCCAUUGCGACUUUUGUACUGUGUGAUGUUUUCUCUCCCCUUCGUUUGGUUUUUAUGUUGUGGUUGCCGUACAAGUAGGGUGCCGAAUCCAUUGGGUAACCACACUCCCUCGCCCCGGUGGUCUAGUGGAUAGCCUCGCAGCCUGCUAAGGGCCAGGUCAUGAGUUCGAGUCCCGACGGAGUGAGUUUUUUCUCGCUAAUUAAAUCCUGGUCUCCGUUGGAAGCGACGCGCUGCAAAGCUCGUUGUUAGUAAACUUGACCGACUUCUUUAGUCGCGAGGGAAGGGAUUGCUGUACCCUUCUCGCGAUAGAAACAUAUCAGGUACCCUUCUCGCGAUAGAAACAUAUCAGGCAGGAACCGCAGGAGGGGGUUCACCCCCCCCUCCUAUGUGACCCCGGUUGGGUCGUCUAGCUGGUAGAAGUGGAGGAUAGGGGCCAGAGGGGCAGACGACAGAAUCCAAUGAUGGGAGAAAAACAACAACACAACAACUCCCCCCGUCACGAGCUUCUUAGUGCGCUGCUGCCGCGUCUUUUGGUUCGGCGACUUUGUUUAAAUUCCGGGAAAUGGGUACCAUGUGCCAUGGCGGCGUAGUAACUCUGUUCUGGUAAUUUGUUCGGAUUGUUGAAUGGCACAGCUUAUGAUGCAGGUUGUACGCGUCUUGGGUACGUCCGUAGGACCCCUGUCACGAACACCAGUUGAACGUAGGUGUCGAACCACAUGCAUGCCUCAAUGUUUUGGGCACCAUUUUUUUUGCUUUGAAGGUUGGCCGCUUUUGCAAGAAUUCAAAGUAACGUCCAGUUGUAUGCCGGUCAUCGUGAACGCCUUCUUCAAAAAACAACUAGAGGACGCACCAAGAAGCGGGUCACUCACAUGCAUUAGAUCUCUUGUAUCUGUGUAUUAUACGCUGAAAUUGACCAGAUCAAAUCUUCGAAUUUGAGUUUUGGCUGAAGUGUAAUAAGUAAGGUCAGGCUGCUUUCUAGACAUUUUCAUACGCCGUACGGAGAUCCAAUGUCUUAGCGCCUCAAGUUCGGCGUUUGGAUCAAAGUGCUUGGUUUUGUUUGCGGUUGGUGUCAAUUUUUCGCGCACCAUGUGCUCCUAGCGUAAAGUCUCGCAUGUGACUAUUUUUGUAUUUUCGC